AUGGCAAAUUCUUUGACAACUUUUGCAGCCAUUAACAUGGCACAGUUGAAAUUGAAUGGCUCUAGCAAUGGUGUUCCUAUGACAAGUUCAUCAUUUUUUGGAUCAAGUCUUAAGAAAGUUAGUUCUGUGAUUUCAAGCCAGAAGAAUUUGUCUGGUAGUUUCAAAGUGUCUGCACAAGUCGAAUAUGACGAGGAAAAGCAGACCUCAAAGGACAGAUGGGCUGGACUUGCCUAUGAUGUUUCAGAUGAUCAACAGGAUAUCACAAGAGGGAAGGGAAUGGUGGACAGUGUCUUUCAAGCUCCAGAGCAAUCUGGAACUCACUAUGCUGUCAUGAGUUCCUAUGAUUAUAUCAGUACCGGUCUUCGUCAGUACAAUUUAGACAAUACAAUUGAUGGAUUGUACAUUGCACCUGCAUUUAUGGAGAAACUUGUUGUUCACGUCACCAAGAACUAUUUGAGCUUGCCAAAUAUUAAGGUUCCUCUCAUUUUGGGAAUUUGGGGAGGAAAAGGUCAAGGGAAGUCAUUUCAAUGCGAGCUUGUCUUUGCGAAAAUGGGAAUCAGCCCUAUAAUGAUGAGUGCCGGAGAAUUAGAAAGUGGAAAUGCUGGAGAGCCUGCAAAGUUGAUUAGGCAAAGACUUGGUGGAACUACUCAAUACACAGUCAACAACCAGAUGGUAAAUGCAACCCUCAUGAACAUUGCUGACAACCCUACCAAUGUUCAACUUCCUGGUAUGUACAACAAGGAAGAAAAUCCCCGCGUCCCUAUUGUCGUAACUGGCAAUGACUUCUCUACAUUGUAUGCUCCUUUAAUACGCGAUGGACGUAUGGAAAAAUUCUACUGGGCGCCUACUCGCGAGGAUAGGAUUGGUGUCUGUCAAGGUAUUUUCAGGUCAGAUGGUGUCCCUAAGGAUGGCGUUGUCAAGAUUGUCGACACAUUCCCUGGACAGUCAAUCGACUUUUUUGGUGCCUUGAGGGCUAGGGUGUAUGAUGACGAAGUGAGGAAAUGGAUUUCUGGUGUUGGUGUGGAGCAUAUUGGAAAAAGGCUUGUGAAUUCAAAGGAUGGACCACCAACUUUUGAGCAGCCAAAGAUGACUAUUGAGAAGUUACUAGAGUAUGGAAAUAUGUUGGUUCAAGAACAAGAGAAUGUGAAGAGGGUUCAGUUAGCUGACAAAUACCUCGGCGAGGCAGCUCUUGGAGACGCGAAUGAAGAUGCUAUCAAGACUGGAAACUUCUACGGACAAGGAGCUCAGCAAGUUGCUUUUCCUGUACAGGAAGGUUGCGCCGACCCUUAUGCAGAAAACUAUGAUCCAACGGUCAGAAGUGACGAUGGAAGCUGCUCAUACAAUUUGUAG